GAUGCUGGUCCACUAAGAGACGGCGCCAGCGAGCCAGCUUCCCACCAAAGUCGUGCAGCCGUGCUUCGUGCAGCAGCAGCCGGCGGCUGUAGCAACAGCAAAGGGCGAGCCAUGUCUCGUCCCGCGCCGCCCGACUGCGAGAGGCUCUUGCACGCCUAUGUGGACUCUGGCGAGCUUCACCGCAUCGAGAUCUGCUACAACGAGCACUUGCACCACGGGCACAUGCUGCCGUCCGUGCAGUACGACUACGGUCGCUGCCUCGUCUUCAGCCGCUUCCCGGCAGACAUCAUCAAGGGCAUCGUGCUCAUGGAGCAGCUGAUUCAGCUCGAGUACCGACCCGUCGACUCCUGCUACAUGACGGCCCUGGCGCACACGAAGCUUGGCAACUACAACACGGCGCUGCAGUUCGCCAAGAUGAUGCUGGUGAAGGACCCGCGCAACAUCCAGGGUGUCGAGCUACAGGAACUGAUCCACCGCAAAGUGCUGCGCGAGUACCUGUUCCAAGUGGCCGUCGUCGGCGGCGUGGUGAUCAUGAUCGGCGUGCUGAUCUCCAUGGUCAUGGCACGGCGCUGACACGGCACUCCGACACGAGCCUACGCGGGGUCUCGACGGACGCUGCAGCCACCCGUUUUCUUGCAGGCUGUCCACGGCGAAUCUUAACGUUCAGCUCAGCGGCUGAAGCUCAGCGAGUCCGUUUCGAGGCGGGGGCUGGUUUUUGCGCGAACGUGGAGCGAGCUUGUUCGCUAGCGCGAGCUUUCUAUAGAUCUCCAUGCCACCCACAACGAGAAUCGUUUACAAACAUGACGCCAACGUUGCCAAUGAGUA